UUGGCUUUAAAAUUUUACAGCGUAUGGCUCUUCCUGUGACAAUCACUAAGAAAGUUCCAGAAGUCGAGUACAGUAACAUUUUGAACUUCAACACUGGAAAAAAUACCACUAAGACCCCAAAGUUGUUUGAAACUGAUGGUUCCUCAUCACCAGUGAACUACAGAUAGCAUUUGACUACAGACCAGGUGGACAAUGGAGAUUGAUCAGAAUGGGUGAAUUCACUAUGGAUUGGACAGUCCGACACCCUCUUACUUUGAAAGAUAUAGUGUUAAACUUAAAACAGUGGUUAUUUAGAAUCUAGAAAACUGGAGGAACUUUUUACAGCCUCUUCCAUCUAAUCGCAAGGCUAAAAAUGGCCAUGGCAUCAAAAUUUUUGAUAAAAAGAAUGGAAAUGAUUGUUUGUCCCAAGAAUUUGCGAUAAAAUUGAUGAAAGAUAAACCUUAUAGCAUAACAAUCAAACCACCAAAAAUUCAAGAGAACACACCGACACAGCAAAAUAACGUCCCAUUUCCGGUUUUGGAACAGGCAGGAAUCAGAGUUUGUGAGCAGCUUGAUAUCGAUAAAGACACAAGUAAAGAGGACGUUAUUUCUGUGUCUGGUACACAACCUUCUUUCUCCGAAAUUGAUGUUUCCAAUGAAAAUUCCAGAGAUAAUCCGAUAGCAAUCGAUGAUGAGGAGCCGUGUACUUCUUACUCAGGAAUCGGUCACGGAAGUCCUAAAACUCCGUACACUUUCGUUAAGCAAAGUGGUACGUUCACAAAUAGUUUGAAAUUCAAACAAAGGAGAAACAAAGGAAAGCUGUUUCCUUGGAAUAAAAAUAAGCAACUUCAGGGGAAAUCGAAAUUCAGUGUUCAUGUUGAUACACUAGGUGACAAGUACUCUGUGCACCGACGACGAGCGAGGAAUACUUUAACGAAGUCUGCGAGAAUUGCCAACAAAAAAGACGAUUUUGACUUAUCGUGUUCUAAGUGGAAUAUUGUGUUAUUAUCUCGCUACUUCUGUUUCAAGGACUGUGUGGAAAAGUUGGCGUUGAGAGAAAAUACUGACAACGGUGAAGGCGACUUAGACAGGUUAAUAGAAGACUUUAUGUACAGAAUGACGAUUGCUUCGUCUAAUGUCAAACAAAAUGUAGAAAAAACGGAAGAAACACUAAAUUUUAUCUCCCUGUGCAAUACUGAAAUCGGUGCAAGAUUAGUUUUAAAUGAAAUCAUGUUCCCUCUCUGUGCAUAUUUGGGACUUUCGAUUGAAAUUGAAAAGACUGUUGACUGUGUUUUCCUCCCAUGGUCCAGAUUUGACUACAGAAUAGUUAAUUCAGAUGGGGACGCUGUUGGAGCAGUAGAGGCAAAGAGCGCAGGAUCUAUUUGCCAAGAAUCAAUAGCACAGGCCAUUGUACAACUAUGUGUACUUCAAACUGAACACCUUGUCAAAAAAGACACUGACCAAGUUGUAAACACGCCUCUUUUUAAUAUUCUGACAGACGGUAUCCGUUACGUCUUCAUCGUUCUCCGGGGAAAGAAAUUACAGUUUGAACAGGUUGAUGGUAGGGUUUCCGUGAGAGAAGUCAGAUCGUGGGAGGACGUGAAAAAUCUGUACAGGUCACUGGUGACCUUGAUGCGAGAACAAACACUUCCGCCGGAAGUACUCGACCUAUCAGCCAAUGAAAAUGACGUAGAGCUGAUUGAAAUGGCCUUAAUCUAGAAAUAGGUGUCCGGAUAUUUAUCUUCUUAGAAAAGGACCACCAUUUGAAUUUUCUAGGGAACGAAUCGGAAACUUUUAUCUUUUUCAAAUGUUUUGAUCAACAAAUACAAGAGGUGUUGACCUUUCAUUUAAAAACAGACAGACAUGAAACAUUACUUGUGAGGAUUUUUUUUUAUUUUUGCGGAGUCGGUAGUAUUUCAGCCAUAUUUCGGCAGCGUUAUAGGUCUAGGUGAAUAUAAAAAGAGGAGAAAACGUGAAGAGUUACAAUAUUUAAUUUAUUUACAUGUAACAUUUCUUAUUAGGUUACUAGUAUUUUAUUUUAGAGACAGGGAUAGAAAUGUGAUGUUUCUAAACGGAAUUUUAUAUUUAUGACACUAAAUAUUAUCUACUUUUAUACCUCGUAUUUAUUUAAACAAUGUUUUACAUAUAUUUACAAAAGUGAAUGGGAUUAGGCAGCACGCUCAGCCUAUUUCAGUCCUUUAUAUAAUUAUUUUUUUAUGUCUUGAAAAUAAAUUAUUGGUCAUUCUA